AUGCGUUGUAUUUCAACUUUAGCUGAAGUUAUAAAACAUCGUUUAAAUGUUGAACUUGAUUCAAUUCGAAAAGCGGAAAAUUCUAAAGAUGAUCUUUUAAAUUUUUGUGCCAAUAAUUAUUUGAGUUUGGCAAAUAAUCGUGAAAUUAUUACAACAGCUAAACAAGCACUUGACGAUUGUGGUUCGGAUCUUAGUUCAGUUAGAUUUUGUUUGUGA